AUGAAAGUGCUUGCCUCGGUCCUCUUGGGCCUUUCGCAAGGCGAAAUCGUGAACUGCACGGAAGAAUAUCUCAAACCCCCACUGAAUUUAAAUUGCUCCGGAGAAGCUGCUGACGGUAAUAGUUGCGACACAACCACUCAUCUAUGCUUCACAACGCCUGACUGCUAUACUGAAUACGGAUGUAGACUUAAAGACAGCUGCCCUUGUGGAGCCUCUAAAGAGAACGAUAGUGUUUGCAUUCCUUGUUCCGAUUUCCCAGUUGAUCCAAUACCCCCUCCAUCUCUACCUAUUCCAAUUCCCCCCUUUGACGGUAUCUUCAAAAGCUUUGACUGCACUGUAAAUGGAGAUUUUACGUUGAGCUUGAGAGACUCAACCGGAUUUCCAAAAGGGAGACCUACGAUUCUGCCUGACAAUCGGGAACUCUGCUUCAUUGAUCGCGACACUUCUCAAAAAGUCAAAGAAUUAGCGAAGGAAAAUAUCAUAACCGGUAUUUACGGGGAUGUCGGAGAAUGCAAAUGCCCAUUUAAUCGCUUUAAUGAAGGACCAAUUUCUUUUGACGACUGUGGCGUGUUUAAAGAAUCACAGACACCCAUUCAAGAAGGCGGAGACUUUUACACAGUGUGGACCUUCGGAAUCGGAUUCGAUGAUUUCUACGACCAAACUUCAUACAAUGCUUCAUACUUGAAAUAUCGAGGAUAUAGCUGGGAAUUCGAGUGCAAAAUCAAAACUUCUGGUGAUGUUCAGGAAGCAUUUUCUAGCAUGGCCUGGGAACGACCUAGUGGCACUGGAGAGUAUAAAGCUGAGCUUGAGUUCGACUUGAAGGUUUUUUUCGAAGGUACCCCUGUCACAACGAACGACAUCAUCGAGCUCGAGGAGAACGAUAAUCGAAUCUUUCAAUUCAAUUUAGACGUAGUUAAUGCCCCUGAAAAAUAUAUGCCAUUUUACCGAAAAUGCGACUUAUUUUUUCAUGAUGCAAACGACGUGACAAGCAACCUCUUUAUGCCCGAAAUAAUUAUUGACGGAUGCAUAAAUCCUGCAUACGCUGAAGAAUUCAGAGUAGAAUCCAUUGACACGCCAGGAGACGCGCUCACUUGGUUCCGACCAAAAAUAUUCGAGGAAUCCAACUUUCUCCAGACAGGCGUCCUUGACUGUAAGGUUAGUGGUUGCCAAAACUUCGGUACUCUUGGAUGUACUCCUGGUCCAGCUUGCGUCAGCGAUUACCCUGUCAUAAGAAAUAAUGGAUCUUCAGAAAACGUUGCGAGCGAGGAAGUUUCAGCCGUGGUAGAAAUGAAAGCUUCUGGAACUCUGACCUACGAACUUUCAACACUGCUUUUAUUUCCUCUUUUCUUUUUUAAGUAA